AUGACGUAUUUAUCGAAGAUAACCCAUUUAUCGAUGAUGACGUAUUUAUGUUUCAUUUAUGAAAUUUAUUGUGGUUUAUGGGUUUUAUGGUUCCAGAUUACUUUAGCGCUUGAACUUAUAGCCAACGCUAAAUCUCCCCUGAUUGUUGUCGGAAAAGGCGCGUCGAUCUCGUGUUGCGAAAAUGAACUUCGCGAAUUCGUUGAAUUAUCAGGAAUUCCAUUUCUUCCGACUCCGAUGGGACGAGGGCUGCUCGACGACGAUCACGCCCUCUCCGUUUCGUCGGAUCGUAGUCGUUCUUUACGCGAGGCGGAUGUCGUUCUCCUUCUUGGAUGUCGUUUAAAUUGGAUUUUACAUUUCGGGGAACCUCCACGUUGGAGAACAGAUUGUCGAUUCAUCUGUGUUGAUCUUGAUGAAACAAUUGAAAGUUCUCCCAAGAUUAAUGUUUUUGUUCAUGGCGAUAUUCGAUCAACCCUAAAUUCAUUUCUUAUUCAUCUUCAUUCCAAUCCUUUAAAAAAUCCCACUUCUGAUGCUUGGAUUUCAUCAAUUACAAAAUCCGCUCUAGCGAAGAGACAGACUUCAUCAGCUCCCUCAAUUCCUGUCGCUCCUAACACACUUUCCUACUCGCAGGCUUUUUCAAUUAUCAAGCGACAACUCGAAAAUCUCAAAAUGGACAACAAACCAAUCACCAUUAUUUCGGAAGGCUCGAAGACCAUGGACAUCAGCAGAGUAGCUUUGCCUGUUUUCCAACCCCGAGGUCGUCUGGAUGCUGGAACUUGGGGCACCAUGGGAGUGGGGCUUGCGUAUGCUGUUGCGGCGAGCGUAGCCGAUCCUUCUCCGCAACAUUUUGUUAUUGGAAUUGAAGGAGAUUCAGCAAUUGGAUUUUCUCUUUGCGAGUUGGAAACGUUAGUGCGUUAUUCGCUACCUGCAAUCAUAUUCGUGUUUAAUAAUGGUGGAGUCUAUAGUGGAGCCUCGUCAGCACCUGGUGGGGAUCCCUUGCCAACACAAUUGUCCCACGGAACAAACUACGCAGCAGUAAUGGCUGCGGUUGGAGGCACUGGGACGCGCGUAUCGACUCUACAAGAUCUGGAGACUCGAAUGUUGAGACUGAAACCGUCAUCGCGAACGCUGCUCGGUUCAGCAAAGAGGACCCUCUUCAGUAGUUUGUGGUCGGGAAAUACCCCCCAGAAAACUAAUGAUAAAUCCAUCCCGACAUUUGGAAACGUCCCUCAAUUGUUUCAUUUUACGGACGCAAAUGGAUCUUUGUUGGACUUCGGAGGUCUUCUUCGAGUCACAUCAGAGUUGGGAAAUCUGGUAGAAGCACCCGAGGCCCGUCAUCAGCUACAACAAAUGGGUGAAGAUCCAAGUUUCGAGCGUCUGAUGGAAUCUCUAAAGAAGUCGACUGAAGGACUUAGUGCGUCUGAAACAAUUGCGCUUCUUAAGUCUUUAGCAACAUUGAAGGCACGUGUCCCAUCGACAUCGCCUAAGAUCGCAGACCUCAUAGACGAAAUUCUUCGUCGCCUCUUUCACAAUGAGCUCAAACUGUCUCCCGAUCAAACAGUCACAUUCUGCUUUUGGAUCACUCAAACAGGAGUUGCCGAUUUAUCUUUUCCCCGUUAUCUCAGAGAAGCGAUUCCCAAAAUUACUCCCAAUUUGGGACUUCAAGCAACGCGAAUGAUGCUUCGGACUCUGAAUACUUUGGAGCUGCGAGACUGGGCCCUUUGUAACCCACUCUCCGAUAAAUUAACAAACGAAAUCGACCAGUAUUCGAAUGAGGAUGUCAUUGAUACACUACGAUUAGAUUUUGAGACGAGUAUGGUCAAUCGUCCUUUAUACUUGAAGUUGAGAAACAUGGUUUCAAAACAUCCAGAAUUAUUCAGCGAGAAUGAGCUCGUUGAGGGCUACUUUAUUAUGUGUCAGCUACGCUAUUUGAAUCCGCGUUUGAUCUCGAACAUUAUGGAUUUGAUCAAACGGAAAGUUGAAAAGCUCAACAACGAUCAACUCAUAAAAAUCAUCAUGGGGACGAUGCAAAUUGGAUCGACACAAGCUUCAGAUGUUGAGCCCUUUAUCAACACUUUCCUUGCUCGGCGUUCUGUCGAUGAGAUGUCCUUGGAUGAAGCAAUCAUAAUGCAAAGAGCCCCUGUGGGUAUCGUCAUGAGAGAAAGACACCUGAAACGUUUGGGCUAUAGGGUGGCAAGGCUCUCUGGUAAAGCAAUGCUCCACACCAGAAAGACAGUCAAUUUUACUAUCGAUGAAGUCCGCAGCAUUAUGGGCAAUUCAUCCAACAUUCGAAACAUGUCUGUUAUCGCGCAUGUUGAUCAUGGAAAGUCCACAUUGACAGAUUCGCUGGUCUCUAAAGCUGGGAUCAUUGCUGCCAAAGCCGCCGGUGAUGCUCGUUUCACUGACACGCGUGCUGAUGAACAAGAGCGGUGCAUUACGAUCAAGUCGACAGGGAUUUCGCUUUAUUUUGAACAUGAUUUAGAAGACGGCAAGGGAAAACAGCCGUUUCUGAUCAACCUCAUUGACUCGCCUGGACAUGUCGAUUUCUCUUCCGAGGUCACUGCUGCACUGCGCGUCACGGAUGGUGCUCUUGUUGUUGUCGACACCGUUGAAGGAGUUUGCGUUCAGACCGAGACUGUUCUACGCCAAGCUCUUCAGGAGCGGAUCAAACCAGUCCUUCAUGUCAAUAAAGUCGAUCGCGCUCUUCUUGAAUUGAUGAUGGACUCUGAAUCAAUUUACCAAACAUUUAGUCGAACUAUCGAAAACGUAAAUGUAAUUAUCGCAACAUACAACGACGCCCUUAUGGGAGACGUCCAAGUAUAUCCAGAGAGGGGAACAGUGUCAUUCGGAUCGGGUCUUCACGGAUGGGCUUUCACUGUUGAGAAGUUCGCUCGAAUGUAUGCGAAGAAGCUUGGUGUUGAGAAAACCAAACUGAUGCAACGUCUUUGGGGGGACAGUUUCUAUAAUGCGAAGAAAAAAACAUUUGCAAAAACAAAGGGAGAGGAUUCGAAUCGCGCAUUUUGUCAGUUUAUUAUGGAUCCCAUCUGCUCUCUCUUCACUCAGAUUAUGAAUGAGGACAAACCAGGAUACGAGAAAAUCCUUACUGCUAUUGGGAUUGAACUGAAAGGCGAUGACAGAAAUUUGACGGGAAAGCACCUUUUGAAACGUGUGAUGCAACUCUGGCUGAACGCGGGUGAUACACUCCUUGAAAUGAUCGUGACCCAUCUUCCGUCACCAAUUGUUGCGCAAAAAUACCGCGUGGAGAAUUUGUAUGAAGGCCCGAUGGAUGAUGCGGCGGCGAAUGGAAUCCGAAAUUGUGAUCCAAACGGUCCUCUGAUGAUGUACAUUUCGAAAAUGGUUCCCACGUCGGACAAGGGCAGAUUCUAUGCGUUCGGUCGCGUGUUUUCCGGAGUUGUUUCAACCGGACAGAAAGUCCGCAUUCAAGGGCCGCAUUACAAACCUGGAAGCAAGGACGAUUUGAACAUUAAGAAUGUGCAACGAACUGUAUUGAUGAUGGGACGCUACGUUGAGAAGGUUAACGAUGUCCCUUGCGGCAACACAGUCGGUCUUGUGGGGGUGGAUCAAUAUCUUCUCAAAUCUGGGACAAUCACUACAUUUGAAGAUGCGCAUAAUAUUGCUAAUAUGAAAUAUUCGGUAUCGCCAGUUGUCCGCGUUGCAGUCACGCCAAAAGAUCAAAAAGAAUUGCCAAAACUUGUUGAUGGUCUCAAAAAGCUUGCAAAAUCAGAUCCAUUGGUUGUCUGCUCUACCGAAGAGUCAGGCGAGCAUAUCAUUGCUGGCUGCGGGGAGCUUCACGUUGAGAUUUGUUUAAAAGAUCUCAAAGACGAAUAUGCGCAAAUCGAGUUUAUCACCUCUGACCCAAUUGUGUCGUAUCGGGAAUCUGUUCUUGGGACAUCAUCUCAAGUCUGUCUCUCGAAAUCUCCGAAUAAGCACAACCGUCUUUACAUGACGGCGGAACCUCUUGACGACAUUCUGACAACAAUGAUCGAAUCUGGCAAAAUGGGUCCACGCGAUGAAGCAAAGGAACGAGCAAAUCUUCUCGCUGAAAAAUUCAAUUGGGACAAGAACCAUGCAUACAAAAUAUGGUGUUUUGGUCCUGAAACAACUGGACCCAACUGCCUGGUCGAUGUGACACAAGGAGUUCAAUAUCUCAGUGAAAUCAAGGACCACUGCAAUUCUGCAUUCCAAUGGGCGUCGAAGGAUGGCGUUUUGUGCGAAGAAAAUAUGCGAGGAAUUCGAUUCAAUCUGCAUGAUGUGACUCUUCACACGGACGCUAUUCAUCGCGGGGCAGGACAAAUUAUGCCGACGUGUCGCCGAUGUUUGUACGCAUGCUCACUGACAGCACAGCCGCGACUCCAAGAACCGAUUUUCCUCGUCGAUAUUACGUGUCCACAAGAUGCUGUUGGGGGGAUUUAUAGCACGCUGAACCAGCGGCGUGGGCAAGUCAUCACUGAAGAACAACGACCUGGAACGCCUCUCAUUCAAAUUCAAGCGCAUUUGCCUGUCGCUGAAUCUUUUGGAUUCACUACCGCCCUUCGUGCCGCGACUUCAGGCCAAGCAUUUCCACAAUGUGUAUUUGAUCAUUGGGCUCUUGUGAACGGCGAUCCACUAGAGAGAGGAUCAAAACUUGAAGAACUUGUUAAAAACAUUCGAAAGCGAAAAAAUCUCAAGGAGGAUCUCCCAACCCUUGAUUCUUACUUGGAUAAACUUUGA